AUGCCGGGUACUGGUUGUGACUUCCAGAGCCCUGUAGCAGAGGAAGCUCAUGAGGAAGAGGAGAAGCCCAGAAUAAAACUAACUGCUCCUAAAAUACCAGAGGGUGAGAAAGUAGAUUUUGAUGACAUCCAAAAGAAAAGGCAGAACAAAGACCUGAUUGAACUGCAAGCCUUGAUUGACAGCCACUUUGAAGCCAGAAGAAAGGAAGAGGAAGAGCUGGUUGCCCUCAAGGAGAGAAUUGAGAAGCGCAGAGCUGAGAGAGCAGAGCAGCAGAGAAUCCGCGCUGAGAAGGAGAAGGAGCGUCAGGCAAGGCUUGCGGAGGAAAAGGCACGCAGAGAGGAGGAAGAUGCCAAGAGAAAGGCAGAGGAUGAUCUGAAGAAGAAGAAGGCUCUGUCCUCCAUGGGUGCAACAUACAGCAGUUAUCUGGCUAAGGCUGAUCAGAAGAGAGGAAAGAAGCAAACAGCUAGAGAGACGAAGAAGAAGGUCCUGGCUGAGAGGCGCAAGCCCCUGAACAUUGACCACCUUAAUGAAGACAAGCUGAGGGACAAAGCUAAGGAGCUGUGGGACUGGCUAUAUCAGCUGGAGACUGAAAAGUAUGACUUUACAGAGCAGAUCAAGAGGAAAAAAUAUGAGAUUGUCACCCUCAGAAACCGGAUCGAUCAGGCCCAGAAGCACAGCAAGAAGGCAGGAGCCAAGGGCAAGGUUGGUGGGCGCUGGAAGUAAAGAACCAGGCAGGAUGGCCUUUAAUGGUGUGCUGAACCCCUGCUGGUCUCCUCUUUCCUCCUUCAGCGAUCACUUGUGUUCUCAUGCCUUAAUGAUAACAAAAAUCAAAUCAGCCUGGAUUGGCUAUUGCUGCUGCUUUUCUCCCUGGAGGGGUCUGGUGGCUUCCUCAGGCAAGGGGAAGCAGGUUCCCUGUGGAACUGGGAUGACUCCUUGCUGGCAUCUUCAAUUCCUGCUGAGCAUGUCCCUUAUCCUCCUGACACCAACCCUAUGCUGUCCUGUAGAUUGCUAUGUACAAAUCUCUGGAUUUUGUAAAUAAAGCACAACCAGUACCUACUCCAAUAA